CAUUACAGGCAACAUGGCUGUUAAAUGUUUCAUUUUCUUUUUGUUGUUGGUCCACUGCUGGUGUUACGAAUUGGAGACCGAAAUCAAAAAGUACGACGAUCUCUGCGUCAAACUGCAAAAAGCCUGCGAAGACAAGAAACUUACUCCAGAAAAAGUAGAAAAAAAGUUGAACACAUGUAAGGAUGCUCAUCUUAAGUUGGCUAAAACCGACAAACACCUCAUUUUGAUGUAUAUGACCGACAAGACACGUGACGCCACUCAGGCUUAUCAGUUAACGUUUGGAUAUUUUGAGCAGUCUAUUAGGGUGGACCUGUUCCACAACUUCAUUUAUUGUAUGCAAGGGUUGCUUAAGUAACUUUCAGUAAUAAUAUAUGGCUUAAAUAAACCAUUUAUUACA